AGGACUGGUGCUGCUGUUGGGCGAGGAAGGCUGUCUGCAGGUGAGAGCUGUAGGCGAGACCCCCAGGGCUGUGCUGGAUCAUGUUUGCCGGUCGCUUACCCUGGCGGAGAUCCAGUGUCACGUGCAAGUUGUGGCAAUCGGGUCACUUUCUGCCUUGGGGCCGGUGCCAAAUGUUGAGUAUUAAAGGAAUCAACACCACCGUGGGGCAGGAGCAACAGGCCAGCAUGAAGGAAAAACAAGUGUCAGAAGAUUUGGAAAUGCGCCUCCCAAGGAGAGAUGCAGAGGUCCUCUUCCAAGAGCAGCCUGAGACUGGGAACCAGUACUUGGAAGACACUUUGCUUUGGAGUUACUUGAAAACACACCUUCCUCCCAAGGUCCUAGAGGAGGUGCAUCAGGACCUGGAGAGGUUUGGAAACCGCCUGCUGACCAAGAUCCAGCCUCUGAGUUGGGAAUGUGAGCUGAACCCCCCUGUGUUCCGGCAGUACGAUGCCUGGGGGCAGCGCGUGGAUCACAUCCACACCUGCUCAGCAUGGAGGAGGAUGAAGGAGAUUUCAGCAGAGGAAGGGCUGAUUGCUGAGGCCUAUGAGAAGAGAUACUCCAACUGGAGCCGCCUGUACCAGGCUGUCAAACUGUACUUGUUCUCAAGCUCCUCUGGAGGUUUCAGCUGUCCACUGGCCAUGACUGAUGGCGCAGCCAAAGUCAUUGAGUCACUGGGUAUUCCUGGAUCUCUGAAAAACGCUUUUGACCGUCUGACAUCCCGUGACCCUGAGAAGUUCUGGACCUCUGGCCAGUGGAUGACCGAGCGAAGGGGUGGCUCGGAUGUUGCAAACGGCACCGAGACCAUGGCCAGGAAGCAGCCAGAUGGCACCUAUCGUCUGUAUGGAUUUAAGUGGUUCACAUCAGCAGCUGAUUCUGAUAUGGCAUUAACCCUGGCCAGGAUAGCAGAUGCUGAAGGACAGUGUACCCAGGGCUCCAGAGGCCUGUCCCUGUUCUUCCUGAGGGUUCGGGAUGAGGAGGGGAAGCUGAACAACAUCGAGGUGCAAAGGCUGAAGGACAAGCUGGGCACGAGGCAAAUGGCAACAGCAGAGCUGUGGCUGCAAGGAGCCAGAGCAGAGCUGAUCUCUGCAGAGGGCCGUGGAGUGGCCGCCAUCUCCAACAUGCUGAACAUCACUCGGAUCCACAACGUCAUUGGUGCAGUGGCUUCCAUGAGAAGGAUGAUCAGUCUGAGCAGGGACUAUGCCUGCAAGCGCAUGGCCUUUGGGAAGCUCCUCAAGGACCAUCCCCUGCACAUGCAGACAAUAGCCCGGAUGGAGGUGCAGGUGAGAGGGGCGUUUCUGCUGCUCAUGGAGAUCGUUCGCCUGCUGGGCCUGGCUGAAACCAACCUGGCGAGUGAGCAGGAGCAGCUGCUGCUGAGGCUGCUCAUCCCAGUGGCCAAACUGUACACGGGGAAACAGGCUUCUGCCGUAGCUGUUGAGGCGAUGGAGAGUUUUGGGGGCCAAGGUUACAUGGAGGACACAGGCUUGCCAGUCAUACUCCGGGAUGCUUUGGUGCUGUCCAUAUGGGAGGGAACAACAAAUAUCCUGUCCCUGGAUGUGCUGCGAUCCCUCGCCAAGAGCCAAGGGCAGGCGAUGGCUGUGUUCCUGUCCACAGUGCAGAAAAAGCUGGAGCUGGCUUCAGGCACUGAGGAACUGUCCCCAGCCGUGCAGCGGGCACGGGAAGCCAUCGGGAGCCUCCGCCAGUUCCUGGCAGCCGCGGGCUCAGAGCGGGCACUGACCAUGGAGCUGGCAGCCAGGGACUUCUCCUACAGCCUGGCACGGAUCUACACAGGAGCUCUCUUAAUGGAACACGCGGCUCGGCCUGACGCUUCCCGCACAGACGUCUGCGCUGCCCUGAGGUGGUGCAACCAGGAGCUGUGUCCGGUGGCCGUGGAGUCAGGGAGGGGCAGCUACGGGGAGGGGGCAGCGCUCCAGGACAGCGCCCUGGUGCUCGGGAACAGCCGGCUCUGAGCGCCCGCCGCCCCGCACGGACACGCAGCCCCCAAAUCCUCAGGUACCUGCAGAUUCCAGGUGUGGUGGAAUGUCCCGUUCCACAAGGAGCCAGAUCAAAUCCUUUAGGAGUGACCCCCACCUGCCCCGGGCUGAAAUCCACGGCUUUGAAGUUCACUUCAAGGUGCUGGAAUGUUCUCACAGUGCUUUAGGCAAAGUCCAAGUGAUAAAAUCCAGACAAGAGCUGGAAGCAGCAGCUCUUCAAGUGCCAGCACUCUUCUUUUUUAAGAAAACCAACCAAAAUCAAACUGAAGCUGAUUAAAUCCAGAAACCCAC